AUGACAGAAAUUUUAGCUAGUGUAUCUAUUCCAUCGGUUAUUUCGAAGGAAGAAUGUAUAUAUUGUUAUGAAACUCCUAUAAAUGACUGUCAUCAGCAUGAAAUAACUGAUAGUAUGCAUAAAUUGAAUAUUUGUUUCAGAUGUUGGCAGCCAACUUGUGAAAGACAUGUUAGUUUACAUAAAGAUGUCACUAAAAAUUCAUGUGAUAGUUCUCAUACAACAUUUUUCACAAUUGCUAAAGUUAAAAAAGUAACGGAUCCAAAAAAGACUUCUGAUGAUUCAAAUAAUAAAAAGCUAAAGCUGCAAAUUGUUGAUAAGACAGAAGAUGAAUUGUUCGAUACCUUAUGGCAAAUUACAAAGUGGGCGUCUAAUGAAGAAUCUUUCAAAGUUGUGAUGGCAUCUUAUGACGGCUCAACAAUACCACCUUUUGUACAAGAAAAAGUGGAUCUAAUCUUAAAAGCAAAAUCUCAACAUUUAGUUGAUCAGACUAAUAGCUGGCAAUUAGAAAUCAACACAUGUAAGCAUAUUAAAGAAAUCCAAAAUAAUAUAUCAACAACAUCAUCAAAUAUUAAUUUACAUAAGUGCAAAUCUUGUGAUUUAAAAGAAAACUUAUGGCUAUGUUUACAUUGUGGUAAUGUUGGCUGUGGUAGGGAACAAGUUGGUAUUGAAGGUAAUUCACAUGCUUUAAGGCAUUAUGAAGAUAGUAAAUCCCAUCCUGUGGCAGUAAAAUUGGGAUCAUUAAGUGAUAAGUCGAGUGAUAUAUAUUGUUACGAAUGUGAUGAUGAUGUAAAAUUUGAUAAUUUAUCGACAUUUAAAAAAGUAUUAUCCCAGUAUGGUAUCAAUUUGGAUAACGUAGCUGCUAGCGAAAAGACUUUAGUCGAAUUACAAGUUGAGCAAAAUAUGAAUUGGAACUUCCAAAUGGUUGAUUCUGAAGGUAAAGAGUUAAAAAGUUUGAAAGCUGGUGACGACUUUGGUGUUGGAUUAAUCAACUUGGGUAAUUCCUGCUAUCUGAAUUCAAUUUUGCAAUGUUUCUACAAUGGAGGUAUCCCGAAUUGGUCAGUGGAAGAGCUUGGCACCGAAUUCCCAUUAAGUGUUGUUUACCCAUCGAAUAAUUUAAAAUGUCAACUUCUCAAGCUAACAAAUGCAAUGAAAAUUGAAUCAGAUUUAUAUCCUAAUGGUAUUAAACCCACUGCAUUUAAAAAAUGUAUCGGUGGCUCGCAUAAUGAAUUUUCUAGUAAUAGACAGCAAGAUGCAAUGGAAUUUUUGACUUACAUGAUUGAUGUUUUGGAUAACAAAAUCUUUAACACGGCCAAUAAUCCAAAUGAUACAAUGAGAUUUAUUAUGGAGGACAAAAUCCAAUGCCAAAAAUGUAAGGGAGUAAAGUACAUGACUGAACCAUGUGAAGCCAUACAGUUACCUCUAAUAGAAAAUACAGAACCACAAGACUUAUUAGAAAGAAUUCAUUCUUAUUUUCAAGGUACUUCAAUUGAAUUCAACUGUCCGAAGUGUAAAGAAGUUACAUUAGCUACAAAAACUCCUUCUUUUAAAACAUUGCCUGAUACAUUGAUAAUUAGUCCAAUUAGAAUUAAAUUAGUAAACUGGACCCCUGUUAAAACAAACAAUAUCUUAACAAUUCCAGGUCUGGAUAAUUCGGUUGCGGAAACUGACUUAUUGGAUAUGUCGCAAUAUAUAUCUGGCGGAUAUAAUCCAGAAUUAGAAACUUUAUUAGAUGAUGCUGGUUCUGACAGUGAGUCAGAAUUUAAACCAAACGAAAUGCUUGCCUCUCAGAUGAUGGAAAUGGGAUUUACCUUAAAUGCAGUUUCAAGAUCGUUGUAUGCUACAGACAACUGUGAUUUAGAAGCAGCUACUAACUGGCUAUUUCAACAUAUUGAAGAUCCAGAUAUUAACGAUGAAUUUAUUCCUCCAAAGGCUUCUGGCUCAGCUAAGAAUGAUAUUGAUCCAAAUUCUUUAAAUUCUAUGCUUUCAAUGGGUCUCGAUCCAAAGCUUUGCCGUAAAGCUCUUAUCCUAAAUAGUGGCGACGUAAAUCGAAGCGUUGAAUGGGUAUUCAAUAAUAUGGAUGAUGAUGGUGAGCUUCCAAAGGAAGAACCUACAACUAAAAACAAUAAUAAAGACAAUUAUGGUAAUUUAAACCAUGUCCCUUAUAAGCUAACUGCUGUUGUCUGCCAUAAGGGACAGUCAGCCCAUUCAGGGCAUUAUGUUGCAUUUAUUAGAAAAAUAGUAGAUGGCAAAUUAUCCUGGGUAUUAUAUAAUGAUGAAAAAAUUGUCAUUGCAGACAGUUUGAAAGAAGUCCAGAAGAAUGGUUAUAUAUUUUUCUAUUCUAGAACAUCAGAUUGGUAA